CUUUUCUUUGGUACUUUUAAUUAUUUUAAUUAUUUUUUAGCAGUGUAUGUGUUGAUUUUCCAUUUAAUAUCUAUUCGCCUUUUAUCCUUGCAAUUCGCCUAUGUUGCAGUAUUCCACCAAUCCAUUCAACAACCUCUUUAUAUUGUAUUCCAGCGCCUUCCACCUACACAAACACAUAUAGAAACGCACUUUCUCACUCAUUAGAUCGUUAUAUCGUUAUAUCGUUAUAUCAUUGUGUCAUUGUGUCAUUGUGUCAUUGUAUUUUUUGCACUUAUAUAGCAUGUCGCUUGUGACAUCGCUGUUCGCAAAGGCCAAGGCAGACAUCAACGACAUAUUCGAUCCGUCCAAAGUCCCCGGCUCUAGCGUCUACACAGCAUCCAAUGGCACCGACCUGGGAAUGCAAGCGAUAUUCGCUGCAUCCUUCUUCACAGUCUUCAUACUUCUCUUCAGCGCACUGCGGCUCCGAUGGCCAUACAUAUUCUCGCCACGAACGCGAUUGACAAUCACAGCACCCCCCUUCCUGUCAAAGCGCUUUUUCGGCUGGUUGCUGGCUACAAUGCACACGCCGGAAACCCACAUUCUGAACACUCUGGGGCUGGACUCGGUCAUUUUUUUGCGCUUCUAUAAGAUGUGCAUGAGGCUGCUUUUGGACGUUGCGUUUUUUUCGAUUGUCAUCAUUUGGCCGCUGAAUAUCCGCUGGUCAAAGGCCAAUUUGAACCCGCAGACGAACGGAAAUAAUGCCUCUGCAGGCACCGACAGCGACGGCAACUUGGAUAUUACACUGACGUACUCGGUCACCGACUAUUUGUUCAACCUGACGCUUAAUACCUCGGAUCCGAAGCAGAAAUGGUACCUUGUGCCGCACAUAGUCUUCGCCUAUAUAUUCUCAGGCCUCGCCUACUACCACAUCUCAAAGUUCAGUUCGCGCUGGGCCUCGCUGCGGUGGCAUUUCCUAAUGCAGUCCAGACACGCGCGCGUCUCGCGCACAGUCAUGCUCACAGGAGUACCCAGGCACCUGGCCAGUAGUCCGAGGGAGCUCGAGUGGUUCUGUGGGCCCGGGCUGCAGCUCGGGAAGGUCGAGCAGGUUCGUGUAUGCCCGUUCAACACAAGGCUGACUAGCAGUGUGCGCGAGCGCGCAAAGUACUUAGUGCGCCUUGAGCAGGCAUAUAUGAGGCUCCUGGGAAACCCAUGUAUGCAUCCGGAGUAUGACCCUGAGAAGCUCUAUGGGCUGGCGAUGGACCACUCGGAGGGUGCGCGCGAGGCUGAGCGUGCGCUUUUGGGCGAGUGGGCCAAGCCAUCGAGGCAGAAAAAGGGUGCAAAGUCGAGAAAGUGCAGUCGACCGGCAGCAGCAGAGUCGCCGUCGACAUUAUCCUCUGCUAGUCCAGAGACCGACGUUGGCGUGGUUGCCACUGAGCAUAAGCAGCAGCAGCAGGAGUAUGGAGAGAACCCGGGUGAUUCGGACGCGGCUGGAGUUCGCCGGCCCAUGGUCUGGGUCCGAUCGGAGCCUCGCCGCUUUUGGCGGCCAUGGGAGCGCGUCGACGCCAUUGAUCACUGGCGCACCAAGUUUUUAGCCGCCGACCGCGACUUCCAGCAGCUCCGCGACAGCCUAACAGCAGCUACUGGAACCGGGUCCAGCACCGACACGGCAGCCGCAGCCGCCAUAUCAGACAACGCCAUCUACGGGCAGUCGACCACAGCCUUUGUCACGUUCGAGGAUGCCGCGUCGGCGCACAUGAUGACGCAGCUGUCGUGCUACCCGAACCCAGGCUUCAUGAAGGCCAAGCUGGCGCCUGAGCCGCGUGGCGUCUACUGGGCGAACGUGUGGAUAUCGAAUCGCCGCAAGUGGGCCGGCCUGAUAGUCAAGUGGCUUUUGAUAUUUGUCAUUUGGGCAUUCUGGAGCGUUCCGGUGAUUCUGUUCUCGUCACUGCUAACGCCGGCAUCCCUGGCCCGGAUUUUCCCGACGCUGCUGGACUCACACCACAAGCUUCUGCGCUCCUUCCUGUCAUCCACCGUGCCGUCUGUCUUCCUGCUGCUGUUUCUGAACAUGCUGCCAUGGAUCCUUAAGCAAGUGCACUUUGCCACGGGCGUGCGCACAAAGCCUGAUAUCGACUACUCGGUGAUGACCAAGAUGUGGGCGUUUCUGGUGUUCAACGUUAUCCUGGUCUUUGGGUUCUCGGGCACUUUCUGGGACCAGAUCCUCAAUGUUGUGAACAAGCCCAGCACGGUUAUGCAGAACCUGGCAUCGAAUAUCCCGCGCGUCGGCACGUUCUUUACUGGGUACAUUCUGGUGCUGGGCGUUGGCUACCAGCCGUUUAAGCUGUUGCAGCUGCGCCCGGUCAUCUGGCACAUUGGGCGCCAGUGGCUGUGCAACACGCCACGGGACUAUGCACGGCUGGUAUCACCGGUGUACAUUGACUGGUACUCCGUGUAUCCGUACCCGCUGCUUGUUUUUGGCAUCGCCAUGGUGUACUCGACCUUCUCACCGCCCGUCGUGCUUGGCGCCGUCAUCUACUUUGUCAUUGGCUAUCCUGUGAUGAAAUACCUGCUUCUAUACGUGUACUUCCACCCGUUCGAGACCGCUGGCAUGGCGUGGCCGAAGGUAUGCCGCCGGAUGAUUUUUUCGAUAAUCCUGUACCAGGUUGUCAUCCUCACGUUUGUCGUUGUCAAGGGUGGCGGCUGGUUCACCUUCAGUAUGGUGCCAAUUAUUGUGCUGUACUUGUGGUUCUUUUACUACGUCGGCUGGUCGCUCGAGAAGCAAGGCACCGUGCUUCCUGUGUAUUUGUGGCGCAACCCGCCACCCAAUAGCGCAUACCCGCUGCCGCCGGACUCGAUGGAUUUUGACGAUGAAGACAAGAACUUGUUUACUCAACCGCUCCUCAUGAACCACGCGUACGACACGUCCACGCACCCUGUCUCGCAGGCCAACCCGGGUGCCUCCGCCCUACACAGGCUUUCGGGUGGUGGUGGCGGCGGCGGCAGAUCCUAUACCGCUGACUUUGACAGCCACCGUGCUCAUGACCGCCCGCCUUGGCAGAACAUUCCCGCUGCGAGUCCGAGAUCCAGAUCCAUAGCCCGACCGCCGCCGCUGCCGCUGCCCAUGUCCUCGUCGCUGCUUGUAUCGCCGCAUUCCAGGCCGUUGUCCAGCAGCCGGGUGGCUAAGCGCAGUGCCGGGAAUCACAGGCGCGAGUCCAGCCGCGGCGUGCGCACGCGCGAGAUUAUCCUAGCUAACCGAACUCUUACAAAAUCCAGCAGGCCCGAUAACAGGCCGCCACUGACAACUUCAACAUCCGGAUCCUAUACUAAUCCGUUAUUGGCCGGGUCUAGCAACAUCAGCCCUUUGAAGCGCAAGUCGGCUGCGUCGCUGGCGGCAGCAGGUAUGCGGAACCAGAAGCGUGCGAGCAACAGCCAGCUUCGCGCGUCGCACGCGUUACAGCAGCACCAGCAAAAGAACACAAAGCUGUUGGGCGUUUCCGGUGGCAAUGGCCAGUCUCGCCUGACGCCACCGGCGCAAGAACCGCUGCAGCUGCAGAGAACCGCGGAAAAUAAGCGCAAGAAGAGGUACAAGAGCUUGGCGGAGGCGGCCACUGUUGAGGGAUCACGGCUGAUCCUAUCGCUUGGCCGCCUACCCAGUGAGCUAUACAACCGGCACAUCGAGAACAAGCGUAACUCAAUGAGCGCCAUCACAGACAUGUCUACCCAGCUAAUUUCCUCGCGAGAGUCGCGGGUGAGCUCUGGCGCGCGCAUCAGACCGUGGUCUUUUUCAGGGGGAAAGCUACAGACCUUGGAGCAAAACCCCUUGGCUGAAGAGAACCAGCUGCGCUCUGAUAGUGCUGUGGGCAGUGCUGAUUCCGACCUUGUCAAGGUGGCGCCUGCUGUUUCUAAGCGCGUUGCGGCUGCACCUUCGAUUUCAACAUCAACUUCGAAGUCGUCGCGCGCGCGUUAUUAUAACCAGGCGCGUGUUCAUUUGCGCUCGCCGUUGUCCCACGAGGUGUCUCCGCAGCCGCGUCAAUGUAGACGCCGCCGCCGCCAUUUACAGCAGAACGGCCAACAGCAGCGUCGCCCUCAGCAGCUGGAUUCGCAUGUCCAGAUGAGCAAAGCUGCCGAGAAUAACAGUGAUGAGGAUGGGGACAAUGACGGAUGGGUGAAUGAGAGUGAUGUAAUGGAUGCCCAAGGAUUGUCGACACUGACUGUGGACAGGAAUGGCUGGGAGGAUUUGAACGAAGAAGAAGAUUGGGACCCCCUCGUGUAUCUCAAAUCUAGCAGCAGUGACGUGCAAUUGCACGAUAAGCGCGGGCAGUCUGACGGCAACGGCGCCACGCUCGGCACGCUGCUCACUGACCUGGACCACAACGCAUUGGUAUCAGAGUCGGAGCGCUUCAACCUGAUUGUCCGUGGCAGCUCGGAUACCGCCAAAGGACGCGCGCGAGCCAGACCGAUGCGGCAUAAUUAUGCGAGCCACUUUGCCACGGGGGUGCUUGACGGCCGCCAGCACCUGGAGUCCUCCCCGUUAUCCGGCCUGCGCCAGCGGCGGGUUCGGGGCCGGGGCGGAACCGCAAACUCGGAGCCCUCAGUCGGGAAAGCCAGCACCAUUGGCGAGGUAGCGGCAUCAAGCAUCAUUGAUGCUGAGCGCUCGUCCGCUUACAAUGUCACGUCUGAAGACGAAGCAGGUGGUACCACCAGCCAACGGACUCGAGUAUACGUCAGACGUGUGCGCAGUGCACUCCAGCGCAUGCGCGACUAUUUCUUGGCCGAUUUCCGGCCAGCUGGUCCGAUCCUGGAUCUGACCUAUGACCGCCUGUAUUCGCAGGGCGUGCGUGACACGAGCAAUCGGGUGCACACGGACGCCAAUGGAGAGCUGGUUGAGGAUAAUGGUGAUACGCUUCCCCCAUUGCGCCAAAUACUUGGCCGGGUUUUGCCGAGAUCAAUGUCGCGCACGUUCAGCCAAGCCCCUGUGCCGCCGAUCUUGCCUACCGCAUCAACAUCCGUUCCGCUACAGAGGUCUUCACUGACUGAUAAUACGACCUCACCGUACUACUUGCGCGCCAGGUCGGCGACCAGUCCGCGCCCUAUUGAGGACCCCCCUGCGCGGCAGCUGCCACCAAAGGGAUGGCGUCCCUCACUUGCCCAAAUUCUGGCAAACAGCGACACAUCAGAACCAAUUCCGGCAGCAAAUGAAGAGAGCCCUGGCAACAGCAGCGGUAAUGGUGGUGGUAACUGUGACAGUAGCGAUAUGCAGGGGGCAGAUGAUCUAUUGUCUGGCCCCCCUGUGCAGGAAAAAUUCGGACUGUCUUACAAGAGCUCACAACUGGUGCUACCGCCGCGGCCGAUGCCUAUACCGCUGCUGUCUACGAGCAUUGAAAUGUGGCCCAAUAGUCAACCAAAUCCAAGCGACAUUCCACCACCGCCGCGAGCCCCUUGGGCUCGUUCACCCUUGGCGGGCCACUCGCGAUCAGCGAGCCAGCCACUCAAUGCCCAGCGAGCUCAGCAACAACAGCAGCAACAGCAAAAUAUGUACAAUAUGAACCCGGCGCUUUUGUCGGCGGGGUCCUUGACAGGAUCUUUGCCUCCGCCGUUUGGCGGGAGACGCGCCAGCCAUAAAAACUCGCUGCCACAGGCUCGCGCGCGCAUUCCAGCGCGCAUUGUGUCUGAACUCAACUACGUCUCCCGGCGCAGCGCGACUCAAAGCAACUGGCAGCCAUCCAACCAGCCGCGACAGCAACAGCAACAACAGCAGGAUCGGACUUCGCAGGAUUACCCGAUUUCACAGCUCUACAACCUGCUGGAGGAUGAUGACCUGCUCAUGACCGCCAAUUACCAGCGCUUUGCUGUCGAGGCGCAGUCGACGUUUGCGGCUGAUGGGUUCACUGACUACUCGCAAACACCCAUGCUCAACUUCCGCGGCAUCCUCGACCGUGGCAUACAGGACUACGUGCACCCGGGGCUGGUCGGCGAGCUGCCGACGCUAUGGCUGCCAGUCAAAUUUUUGUCUGCAGAUGUCAGCACCACUGUGGAUUCGGAUGAAACCUCGGAGGAUGACGACGAUGACUAUGAGGAUAUUGAAGGUCAAGCGGAUGAUCAGGCGGAUGGCAGCCAACAACAGACAUCAACCAAUGAUGUGCGCCUAAUGGCUCUGUCCGCGCCACAAAGGCUGGUCAGGCGAAUAAUCCGCCAAUUGGGCGCGCGUUCGGCGCACACCGCAGUUGUUGUAGCUGAUGCCAGCACCAACGGCGGCCCUGAUGCCAAGGAGCAGGCCUACUAUGCCAGAGAUCCAGAUUUUGACACGGCGGCUGUAUCUGGUAGCGGGCGCCGAGUCGAGGAGGAACACGAGCAGGCCAUACUGCUGGUUGAUGAGCCGUACUCGGAGCUGCUGGAUGUGCGCUCAGACAAUCGGGACGUCGGUUUGGACGAGAUUGCGGAGAUUGCAAGUCCUCUCCCACAGCAAUGAGCGCUGCUGCCCAUUCGGGAAACAGUGCGCAAAAUCAUAGCGCCGACAGGGAUCGUUUUGGCUAAUUGGGGGUUUUCCCAAUGCGUUGAGCGCUCGUGAAUAUCCUUUUUAUUCUUAAAGUUGGCAAUUUGACAACCUCGAGUUUGUUUUGAUUUUCGCUUUUAAAAAAUUUAAUGAUGACCGUGUUUUGAUUACAAUUGGAAAACGGCCCCAAAUGCAGCAACAUUAUUUU